AUGGUCGCCGAUUCGUCUGACAACAACCCGAGAAGCAACGGCGGUGCGGAAAAGAAGAAGGAGCGCACCGCGGGCCAGUUCUUCCAUAUUGGAGUGCAGGGGGAGCAAGGAGACGCCUCUGCCAAGGUUGGAGCAGAGCUGCACCCCCUGGACUAUUGGGUGUUGAACAUAGGCGUUGCUUGGACGAUGACGCCGCGCAAGGACGUGCUGGACGACAUACGCGCUGGAGCGGAUGGCAAGCCGGUGGUGCUGCACGACGUUCUCCUCGUUCCUGAUCUCAAGGCCAACCUCAUCUCCCUCCGAAAGCUUGGCAAGGCUAGGGUCAGCACUAGCACGGAUGGGGCACGCACUUACAAGGGGCAGCUGGGCAAUCAGGUGCUUUGGGAUCUGCACGAGAGCAAGGACGCGUACAGAUCCAUGUGGCAGCUGUCGGCGUUGGCGUGGCAAGGUGGGGGGCAGGCUGGAGAGGGGUCUGCAACCCAGGGGGAGUGCAAGGCUUUUGGAGGGGUUGGUGUGAAAGUAUCGGCCAGAUCUGGGAAGACGGAUUAG